AUGGCAUCCAAUAAGAACUUCUACGACAUACCAUUACUCUUCGAAAGGUAUUCUCAGAUAUAUCAACAGUAUCCAGAGGCUGCAGUGGGCAAUGAGUUGUUCUACUCACUGUUGCCAGAUGUUAAAGAUGCUACAGUGCUGGAUUUAGGUUGUGGCGAUGGUAACUUUGGAAGAAGAUUGAUGUCAUUAGGUAUUGCAUUGGUCGAAGGCUACGAUCUAUCUCAUCUGAUGAUCAAUCGUGCUCGUGAGUUGGCAAAUGGUGAUCAAAGACAAGUCUACCAAGUCGAAGAUAUAGAGACAAUGUCACUCAAGAAGGAGAGAUACAACCUCAUUCACUCUCUCUACGCAUUUCACUACGUUGUAGAUCUUGACAAGUUCAUGAAGAGGAUGUACGAUGCAUUGGUACCCAAUGGCGUGCUGAUGUUUCAAGUUGAGCAUCCUGUUCGUACUAGCAACCCAAAUGAACAAGACCUUGUAGAGGUCAAUGGACGAAAGGUAUUCCCAUUGAGCAACUACAUGGAAGAGGGUGAACGAGUUACAACAUGGCUCGGUGUACCCAAUGUAUCAAAGCGUCAUCACUUGAUAUCAAGCUACGUAAAUAGUUGCAUCAAGAAUGGUUUGCAGAUCGAAGUGCUCAAUGAGUGGGCGCCAGCCUCUCCUCCCGAGUUAAGUGUACGUCCAUUGUCACUCAUGAUCAAAGCUAGAAAGGUAGUGACCAACAACAACAAGUAA